UAGUCUAGAAAAGGUUUCCUGGGAUAUCACUUGUUUUUCGGUUAUCCGUAGCUAGCUAUUCAAUUGAAAAAAAUAAACAAUAUACAUUCUAGCAAUAUUAUAAGGCAGUUCAGGAGUCUAAUCGGUCAAAUACAUAUCUCGUUAGUUGCUAUGAUUUGUUUGUUAACUUUUCACUGUUGAACUGUUGAUUAUUGUAGCUAGCAAGCUAGCUAAGUUAGUUAACUUGCGUUGGUUGUUAGCUGACCAGCUAGCUAAUGCAAAGGCGCGCGAGUCAUUGAAAACAACGAGGCCGAGGCGGCUUGAGGUCUUUGGGGUUGGAUUCGUCUGGAGUUCAUGCCAUUUCUAUGACGGUUGUAACGCGCCCCAUUCAUUCAGCGAAGCGGAUUAAGGCGUGUGGAGGAGCCCCCGUCUGACAGCCGUACAGGCAGAGCUGGGUAAAGCUCCAUGGCUCCGGCCUCUGAGACGGAGGUGGACGUGGGGGAGGGGGGCAGUGAGAAGGCUCUGUCUCAAGCUGACUGCAUCUGCCCCGUGUGCCUGGAGAUCUUCGUGGAGCCGGUGACGCUGCCCUGCGCCCACACCUUCUGCAAGCCCUGCUUCCUGGAGACGGUGGACAAGGCCAACCUGUGCUGCCCGCUGUGCCGGCGGCGGGUCUCCACCUGGGCGCGGCUCCACGGCCGCAAGAAGACGCUGGUCAACAUGGAGCUGUGGAGCCGCCUGCAGGAGGCCUUCCCCACGCAGUGCCAGCGCAGGAUCAGCGGCCAGGACGCCGGGGAGCUGGCCACAGUGGCCUCCACACCCAGAGUGAGCCCACCAGGAGAGGUGCGCAGGGAGUACGAGGACCAGAUCAGUAAGCUGGCGGAGGAGAAGCGGGCCCUGGAGGACGCGGAACGGCGGGCCAGUGAGGAGUACAUCCAGAGGCUCCUGGCGGAGGAGGAGGAGCGCCGGGCGGAGGAGCGGCGGAGGCUGGAGGAGACGCAGCUGGAGGAGGACGAGAGGCUGGCCCGGCUACUCAGCCAGGAGCUGAAUUCCACUCCGAUGUCUGAAUCUCAGAGAAACGUCCGCCCGGCCGAGAGCACCUCCACCAAGAAGAAGAGCAGUGCUGGAGACAUAGAGAGGUUUUUGUUGCCUCUUCCGCUGAGGUCCCCCAACAGCACAGAGAACAGUCCCUGUUCCAGUCUUACUGCCAACAAGGAGAACAUCCUGGUGCUCCCGUCGCCCGCGGCGUCCGAGGAAGCGCCGAUGCCCGCGCUCGACUUCUGCGGAAACGAGCCGGGCGCCCGCUCCGACCCGGAGGACGCGGAGCCCCUCCCAUCCGGCUCGUCUCGCGCCCAAUCGGAGCUGGACGGGUGGACGAGGGGAGGGGCCUCGGGCAAGAGGAAGGGCGGGGAGCUGGACUGGGGCCGAGGCAAGCGGCCCCGCGCCCCUGCGGGCUGCCUGAGCGACUCCCCGCUGGUGUGCGAGAUGCUGCAGGAAGAGGAGGCCCUGUUCUGCCGCCGGCAGCAGGAGGAGAGCGACCGGCAGCUGGCCCAGCGGCUGCAGCGGCAGCUGGACCAGGAGGAGGUGCAGCGCGCCGUCAACCGCAGCAAGGGCUCCGCGGACGAAUACCCGCUCCGCGAGAAGGCCGAACCCGGGGCCUCCUCCCGGGGGCGCUGCUCCACCCCCGCGCCCAGGGAGCUGAGGAACAGGGCCAAGCGGCAACUGUCCAGCACUUCUAAAGAAAGACAGACCCCCCGCAGGAGCCCCAGCGGCCCCGCCCCCGUCUCCAGCCCCGGGCCCUGCAGCACUGGCCCCGGCCCCGGCCGCAGCAGCGCCUUGCAGAAGGGCAGCAAGCAGACCACGCUCACAGAGAUGUUCCCCAGCCUGGCCAGCUGAGCCCUGCGCUCCUCCCUGCAGUGUCUCCCGCCCUGCAUGUUCUCUGGAGAUUUCGGUUCAUUAUUUAGUUUUUAGUUAAAAUCCUGGGUUUAAUGAAUUGAAAUGGAAUUGACUUGGACCUUGUCGCCUCCCCAGUUUGGAUGCAUUUCAUAAUGUGCCUUCUGUUGAGACAUUCAUGUAGGGUUGAUUUCGCUGCAGGCGCUGGAUAUGACUGACAGAGGACGCUGUUGUACAAGUGCAAGGAAUGGACCUGCUUGCUCGGUGAGGACUCGCACUAACCAGGCACGCACGAGGCCAGAACUACUGCUGUGAAUGACAUUUCAGUUCUGUGGAACCGUUCUCACCACUGUGCCACUAGGGGCAUUGUGGCCUAGCACUACACAAUUUCCCAGAGUUGAGAUUACAUUUGCAAUCGAUUGAUGUUUGAAUUCAGAGGGGAAGACAUGAGAUAGGUUGGUCGGGAAAGGCAAGAUAUUACUCAUGGGUAUUUGUACUUUUCUUUGUUUUGUUUUUUGAAUAAACAAAGUUUGCGGCAAAAAA